AUGACUAUUGGCUAUCGAACCUACGUGGCAUCCACCUACAUCGGCUUCAAUGUCGUCGGAUUCGCUAUCAAUGCAUGGGUACUGUAUGUGGUUGCUCCACUUCUGUUUGCUCCGGCAAUUAAAGUACCAAAGAGUAUACUUUUCUACAUUUUCGCCCUUUGUGUCGGAGAUUUAAUGACCAUGAUAGCCAUGUUACUCCUAGUGAUCGAGUUAUUGUUCGGAACAUGGCAGUUCUCUUCGAUGGUAUGCACCAGUUAUCUCAUUUUUGAUUCUAUGAAUAAAUUCAUGGCUCCAAUGAUAGUUUUCUUAAUCAGUAGAACCUGCUAUUCAACGGUGUGUUUGGAUAAGACAAAAGGAGAGAAAGCGGCGACUUUAAAGUACGCCGUGAUCCAAUUCUGCAUUGCGCUAGCGUUUGUCAUGAUUCUCCUCUGGCCAGUCUUCGCUUAUUCUCAAGUUUUCACUUUCUACAUGAGCCCAAAUUCAACUGCUCAAGAAGUGACUGUCAUGAGGAAGUGCGGAUUCUUCCCACCUCCAGAGAUCGAAUUCUGGUUCAACUUGAUCGCUUGCAUCACUUCCUAUGCAGUACCUUUAUUUGGAAUUAUUUACUGGUACGUAUCGGUGCCAUUCUUCCUGAAACGUCGGGCUCUGACGACAUUGGUUGCCUCCAGCUCAAUGGACGCUGCUCUCCGAAAAGUGAUCACCACAGUUCUCCUUCUUACUGUAAUUUAUGUUUUGUGUUGGACACCUUAUUGGGUUAGUAUGUUCGCUAAUCGCAUUUGGACGAUGGAGAAAAAAAGCAUCAUCAUAAUUUCCUACUUUAUUCACCUCCUUCCAUACAUCAGUUGUGUCGCUUAUCCCUUGAUUUUCACUCUUCUCAAUAGAGGAAUCCGAUCGGCUCAUGCAAAGAUUGUAGCUGAUCAGAGACGUCGUUUCAGAAGUUUGACAGAUGAAGCUAGCUCUCAGAUAAGAACUGCUAUCAGAACAAUCCCGGGAACCAAAAUGAAAAAGAACGAGUUUUUGACUCGAACCGAAGAGAUUUCAUCUGACAAAGCAGCGUCGGAAGCAAUUUCAGAAUUCCGUGACACCCUUCCAUCUCAAACUUCUUUCCCUGAUGAGACUCUUUUAUGA